UUGCGUCGUCUCCGGGCGUAGAGAUGAUGGGCUUCCCGUAACUGGAGGUGGAGGGGAGAGGCGGGGGGUGGGGGUAGCGAGAAAAGAGGCGGGGUGGGUUGAAAACAAAAGAAAAAACACGAAGAGAAACAAAAGCACAGUUGUGGGUGACUGAAACCAUGCGAGAUUUGCACUACUCUCAAAGAAGGCUGCUCUAUCCGUGGACCAUGUCGUGAGGUGUGGCUCCAGCGCUCGGGAUACUGCCAAUAGAUACGCCUGGGAGCGGGGCAAAAGAUGUCCGCCUCGGUAGGGCCCCAAAGCGGCCCUCGCCCACCCACCGUGCCGGCUCCCAUGCCUGAUAUGCCGGACUUGAGUCAUCUCACGGAGGACGAAAGGAAAGUCAUCAUGGCAGUGAUGGUUCGGCAAAGGGAGGAAGAGGACAAGGAACAAGCCAUGCUAAAGACACUGCACCAGCAGUUUGAGAGUUAUAAGGAGCAGGUGAGGAAGAUUGGGGUAGAAACGAAACAACAGCAGGCUGUCCAUAAAGAUGAUGCACCUACCUGUGGCAUCUGCCGUAAGACCAAGUUUGCAGAUGGCUGUGGGCAUCUGUGUUCCUACUGCCAGACCAAGUUCUGCGCCCGCUGUGGGGGAAGAGUGUCGCUGCGCUCGAAUAACAGUGACUUACCUGAGAAUGGGCUCAUCUCACUGGGCAUGCUGAGGAACAAUCUGCCUUAG